GACCUAUAUUCUGGCACCGAAUUGCGAUUAUCCGCCUGGUGGCUCUAUAGGCCUGGGCCGCAUCCUCACGAAUCCUUUGGACACUGGAACGUGCAUAAACCCCGAUGGGCCGCUACCUAUCCCGGACAAUAUGCCAAUACAGUCCCAGUUAAAGAAAGACUGGAUGUAUGUGAAGUAUCAUUCUCGGGAGGGGCUGAUUGGGCUUUGGGCGAAAUUCCUGGAAUUCAUUGGCUUGACUGCAGAAGCAGCUUUCAACUGGGAAUACUCCAAAGGCGAUGUCUACCAGUUUGAAGAGCUACGUACAGAGUUUAUCGACCCAACCUCCGAGUAUAUCAAGGACAGCAUCUUUGAUCCGCCGGUGGCCAAGCACAUUCUCAAUGCGCCAUAUCCGGUCAUUGUUUACAUGAUUACGGGUGUCAAGAUUGCCACGGGUGCCACUGUAGCAUUUGCAAGAUCUCGCGAACUGAGUGGGAACAUUCGAGGUGGAGCUGGCGCGGCAAAACCUGGAUCGGGUGGGCUAAACGCUGCUGCAAACUGGAUUGAUGGAAAGGAGCUUUACUUCCGCUCCCCAUCCGCGUUUGUGUUUGCGUACCGCCUGAGGGAGAUCCAUUAUAACGAGAAAGACAGAAGGAUUCAGCAGAGAGCCUUUGAUGGUUCGCUUUUCGAUCUAGACACCUCGAACUCGCCAAACGAGACUCGAGAAUAUUUGGAGAGUGCCAUAGAGGUCGUCGGAAUGGCCAACGAAAGUCAAACAGUGGAAAAUCUGGAUCUGAAAACCGAAGAAGCCUUGGACGAUGCGGACGACCACAAGUGCGCCUUUGUGGUAACACGGAAUCACUAAUCGAAGUCUACGCAGAAUUGCCUCUUGAAAAGUAAGAACCGUGAGUGGUUGUGUUAGCCGAGCAGCUGAAAAAAAAUAUCUACCUAACCCAGUUUUAUUGCUAACAAAACGGUAUGUAAUGAGAAUACCAGCAGCUUGGGAAAGCAAGCAUGGAAUUUUUCGAAAGCUGUGAUAAAGCAGAAGGGAAUAUUCGUAUCGCUCCGUGGGAUAGUGGCUCAUUUGUCUGAGGAAUGCGGAACCACA